UGACAGUUCAAGACAAGUGUCCGAGCGAAGUGGAGCGAUUGCAAUGUUUUCGUGUUUAGUUGGAUGUUUUCUGUAAAGGAUUCCGAUGGAUUAAUUAAUUGAAAGUUAUUCUGUGGAUCAGCAGACAUCAUGCCGGACGAAUCGGUAAAAGUAGCUGUCAGGGUCCGUCCCUUUAAUCAAAGGGAAAAGGACAGACAGGCAAAACUCAUUAUUAAGAUGCAGGGUCAGAUGACUACUAUUACAAAUCCGGAAACACCAAAUGAAGAACCUAAAAGCUUUUCCUUCGAUUACUCAUAUUGGUCACAUGAUGGCUUCCAAGAGCAGAGCGAUGGCGUAUUAGUUCCUGCGGGCGGGAGUAAUUAUGCCAGUCAGAGAAGAGUGUUCGAAAAUCUGGGACAAGGCGUUCUGGACAAUGCCUUUGAAGGCUAUAACUGUUCCCUGUUUGCCUAUGGCCAGACAGGAUCUGGAAAAUCCUACUCCAUGGUGGGAUAUGGAAAUAACAAGGGAAUCGUACCAAUUACCUGUGAUGAAAUGUUUAAAACCAUGGACAAAAAUACAGACCCAAAUAAGAGAUUUGAAGUGACAUUUUCUAUGUUAGAAAUUUACAAUGAACAAGUGAGAGAUUUAUUAUCUAAAGACAAUCCUAAAGGUGGACUUAAUGUGAGACAGAACCCCAAACUGGGCUACUUUUAUGUGGAAAAUCUCAAACGAGUCCCUGUGGGUAGUUACGCUGAAAUUGAGAAGAGAACGGACCAGGGAACGGCCAGUAGAACAGUGGCGUCCACUAACAUGAAUGCCACCAGCAGUAGGGCCCACACUGUAGUCACCAUUACGUUUGACCAAAUCAUCAAGAAUGAGAGUGGGUCAGAAACCAAGAAGAGUAGUGUCAUGAAUCUGGUAGAUUUAGCAGGCUCCGAAAGAGCGGACAGUACGGGGGCCACUGGUGACCGUCUGAAGGAGGGAGCCAACAUCAACAAAUCCUUGUCUGCUCUGGGGAAUGUCAUCUCGGCUCUUGCUGAUUUGUCAAUGGGAACAAAAAAGAAAAUCAUGGUUCCAUACAGAGACUCAGUUCUGACCAAACUCUUACAGAAUGCAUUGGGAGGCAACAGUAAAACAAUAAUGAUUGCUGCCCUGUCCCCGGCUGAUAUUAACUAUGACGAGACUUUGUCCACCCUGAGAUAUGCAGACAGAGCAAAGAAAAUCAAAAACAAAGCAGUAGUCAAUGAGAAUCCAUUAGAUAAACUUAUAAGGGAACUCAAGGAAGAAAAUGAGAAGUUAAAGAGAGCCAUGGAAAGUGGGGGAAUGGUGAUGCAGGAGGGGGCGGGUCUCUCUCCUGAGGAGCUUGAAAAGAUGCGUAAACAGAUGGAAGAGGAUAUUAGAGCUCAAUUGAUGGCCAAUCAGGCAAUGCUGGCAGAGAAUGACCAGAGCUGGGAUGAUAAGCUUGCCGAGGCCAGGACAGAAACCGAGAAAAUUGAAACAGGAGGUGCAGACAGCAAGAGGAAAAGCAAAGAGCCAUAUUUGAUCAAUUUAAAUGAGGAUCCCAUGUUGUCUGGGGUCAUAUGUCACUUCCUGAAGAACAGCGGUGAAACAACUGUAGGAAGGAAGGAUGCCAGUCCUGUACCAGAUAUUUGUCUCAGUGGUCUCAGUAUACAGAAACAGCAUGCAGUGAUAUUUAACAAUAAAGGUGUGAUAGAAAUAGAAUCAGUGUCAGGAAGUGGCUCAAAGACAAAAAUUAAUGGCUUACCUCUCACAGGAAGGAAGGCUCUUUGUCAUAAGGACAGAAUUCUCUUUGGAUCCAACCAUAUGUAUGUUCUGAUGAAUCCCCUGAAACCUGAAACUGCAGAUUCAAGUCUUCCAAAAGAAAUAACUUGGGAGUUUGCUCAGAAGGAAAUUGCUCAGGUGAAGGGAUUUGCCACUGGUUCAGCAGGACUAAGUAAAGAACAACAGAUAGUACAAGAGCAGGUUCUGGAAAUCCUUCCUAUGGUUUCUGAAGUGAAUGCUGUGUCUGAGGAACUGAACAAACAGAAGUCAUUUGAAGUCGUGUUAAUCUCAGCUGCUGCCCAAGAGGGAGGGGACAUAACUCAGUCAAAUGCCUCAAAAGUAACAGUGAAAAUGAAAAAUCUCCUAAAUGGGAAUACAUGGCUGUGGGAGAGGGGAAAAUUCAUCACAAGAAGAUACCUUAUACAGGAAUUGUACCAGAAGUUUCUAGAUGGAGAAGAUGUGUCACACAUUCCUAAAGAACAAGACCCUUUCUGGGAGCCCACAGAAGAUGUUCUGAUAGGGACCUCCAAUCUCUUCCUUCAGUCUCUGUCCUAUUGUCUGGACUUUGAGGAUACUCUCAACAUCUCAGAUUACAAAGGUCAGGAGGAAGGGCAUGUCAAGGUCAAACUGGAGCCCUGUGACCCCAAGGGGAAACCUAUUGAUGAGGAGGCAUUUGUGGAUGAUCCUCGUGAGCUACUUAACAAACCUUACAAUUUCAAGCUUACCAUUGAGAAUGCAAACAUACACAAAUCCAGAUUCUCCAAAGGAAUCCUGGUUAAAUAUUCUGUAAAGAACAACGGAAAAGUGGAAGAGGUCAAAACUCCAACUGUGAAGAAUACCUUGACCCCAACCUUCAACCACUCCAAGGUCAUCUCCAUUCCUAAACUGAAGCAGGAAAACCUGGAUUUCUUUGAGUCGGGUUGUAUAACACUGUCUAUGUAUGGGAUACAGGAAGACACAUUGCCAGAUCCCAAACUUCUGAAACUUAAUACUAGGGAGUUGAGACAGAUGGAGAACAUGGAAAAUUCCCAGGCUCACGCCAGCGGUAGACGAGGUACAAUGUUUGGUAACGAGAUAGCUUCUGACACCUCUCAUCUCAAGACAGAGGUGGUACUGUUACAAAGAAAGUACGAAAGACUGCAGCAGAAAGAACGCCGAAUGCAGCAAAUAUGUGAAGAAUGGUCUAAGAAACCUGCUGAAGAGAAGCAGUUUGAGCCAUUCUACCGAGCGGUUUCAGCAGCUGCCAAUAGCACGGGAACCAGACUCAAGACAAGAGUUCAGAUGCUUAAUCAGGAUGGUAAACAUGUCGGGGACGGGGAUACGAUAAGUUUAUUUGUCUUUGAUGAAAAUGAACACGAAUUGGCACAGGAGGCCAGCUUAAAUAACGGCGUUGUUGACUACCAUAAAGUAUCCAAGCACCAUUACCCGGAUCUACAACUAACCAAAACCAAAACUGAUUCUGUGAUAGAAGAAAAAGAGGAAAGUCAGGGAGACCAAGAUUCAUUUGGCUCUGUAGACUUGGCACCCUAUAUGAACCCAGGCACUGAGGACUCUCUCAACCGCAGUAAAGGGUUUACACAAAACGGCAAAAGGACAACUCUUCUCUCUGAUAUAAACUCCAAGAGAGAGGUUAUUAAACCGGCGCGAAAUGCAAUAAGCGAGUAUUCAGCAAACAAAAAAGCACCAACGUCGAAUGGAAAGCGCCCAAGUUCUGCUGAAAACAACAAAACAGAAAGUUCUGCUUGUGUCCUACAGUGAUAUCAUCCAAGUUUCUAGAGUGAAAUUCAAACAUCUCUAUCGAUCUGUUUCAGUAAUGACUUUAUAUAAUCAUAUUCUGUUAUAUUAAUAAGGUAUUGUUUGCCUAGAGUUAUUGUAUUAAGAAUAUCUGUGAUAAAAGGGGAAUGCCACUAUUUUUCCUUAAGAAAAGACCCCGUGCAAUGUUAUCUUUUUGCAAUACGUCUUACUGUUUUCGUUGUCAAAUCAAUAUGUGAUCUUUUUUUUUUCGUAUAAAAAUGAAGAACUUCAGGUAUUUCAUUAGUAAUGUGAUGACAUGCAAUACUCUUUCAGAUGAGCUUAUGUAAAUUCGGUUACUCUUUUACACACAACUAGUUAUCAUGGUCAUAAAUUGAUGUGAUUUAUGAUGGUUUCCGUCCAUUUUGUUUAUGUUGGAUUUUUUUUUUUUUAUACAUAUUUGAUAUAUAAUUUUCAUCUCUUUACGAAACUCUUUUG